GCUUCAUCGAUCCUAUGUCGAAUUGAUCGACUGUCGGCCCAUUAGCCGAACGGCUUGCGAAUCUUUUGCCGAAUACCGUCUUCUCCCUGACGGCUAUUGCUCCUCCCCUCGCGAAUGUGCACGAGGCAUAUCUACUCUCCUUCACCAGCUAUCCUCAGCUUCGUGUAAGACACUAUCCGUUUGCAGUCAUCGCCAGAACAUAGCGCCCAAGCAGCAAGUCAUAUAGCGUGGCAGUCCUAGUCCCUCCGUCUCCCGCUCGACACCUUUUCAAGCUUUUGCAUCCCUUGCAGCGGGCGCAUACAGACUUGGCGAUAUGGUUGGCGUCAAGGACCCCGCGCUGGGCGACAUCGACGUCGACGGCCCGCCCAGGCCCGACUUCUCCGCCUCUCCACCGCGUUUCGUCAUCGUCGGUGCCGGCUCUCGGGGGCAAUGCUAUGCCAACGCCAUUGACACCGUCUCCAACGGCGUCGUCGCUGCCGUCGCCGAGCCUCUCCGCUUCAAGCGCGAGCUCAUAGGCCGCAAGCACAUAUGGGGCCCCGACGGCGGGCCCAAGGAGGGCCAGAGCUUCUCCAACUGGCGCGAGUUCGUCGAGUACGAGCAGAAGCGCCGUGAGCGCGUGGCGGCUGGCGAGGCAAACGUCCCGGAAGGUGUCGAUGGCGCCUUCGUGUGCGUCCUCGACGAGAUGCACCGAGAGGUCGUCGUCGGCCUGGCGGCGCUCAACAUCCAUAUCAUGUGUGAGAAGCCGCUGGCCACCAACCUCGACGACUGCCUCGCCAUGUACCGCGCCCUCAAGCCGCUGCAAGGCCAGAAGAUCUUCUCCAUCGGACAUGUCCUGCGCUACAGCCCCCACAACCUCAUGCUCCGCAAGCUGCUCGUCGAGGACCGCAUCCUCGGAGAGAUCAACAGCGCCGUGCACACCGAGCCCGUGGGGUGGUGGCACUUUACGCACUCCUUUGUCCGCGGCAACUGGCGCAACGAGAAGACGAGCGCCCCGUCUCUCCUCACCAAGAGCUGCCACGACAUCGACCUCCUGCUCUGGCUGCUGUGCUCCCCUGAGAAGGCUGGCCAGGGGGAGCCUCACCUCCCCCAGCACAUCUCCUCCACCGGCGACGUCCAGUUCUUCAAGAAGAGUCGCAAGCCCGCUGCCGCUGGUGCUGCGACCAACUGCACCAAAUGCCCCCUCGGCGACUCCGGGUGCAAGUACUCGGCCAAGAACAUUUACCUGGGCGACACCAUCGGCCUCGCCCGCGGCAACACCAAGUGGCCCAUAGACAUCGUCGUGCACGAUAUUGAAGACUACAAGACGCACGACCAACGCGUCGCCGCCAUGACCAAGGUUCUCGAAGAGGACUGGGACGAGAGCACGCCCGCCGACGUUGUGAGCUCCCGAAAUUGGUUCGGCCGCUGCGUCUUCGAGACGGACAACAACGUCUGCGACGACCAGUUCGUCACCAUCACCUGGCCAGAGUCCAACCGCCCCGCCAAGCGCGUCACCUUCCACAUGGCCGCGCAGACCAAGCGCCAGUGCGAGCGCUUCUCCCGCUUCUACGGUGAGCACGGCGAGAUCUACGCCGACUCGCGCACCAUCGUCUUCGAGGACUUCAACACGGGCGAGACCAAGACCUUUGAGCCGCGGCUCGAGGACCUCGGCCACGGAGGCGGCGACAAGGGCCUGACGCGCCAGUUCGUGCUCGCUUGCGACAUGGUCAAGAACCACGCCUGGCACGGCGACAAGGCCCAAAACGAAUUCGUCGGCUGCACCCUCGACGAGGUCAUCCGGAGCCAUGCCCUCGUCUUCGCCGCCGAGGAGGCCCGUGUGGACAACAAGGUUGUUGACUGGCAAAAGUACUGGGACGAAAACGUUGUCAAGGCUUCGUGACUUGGCUCCAAGUCCGGAUCGGGUCGUGCCCCGACGAGAAAGCGGUUGACUUGCCACGUUCUUUGAAUCAUUGUGUCCCAGGCUGAGGCCGGAAGCUGCAAUGCAUGCACGAGCCACAUACUUGUAAUUCCAUGACCACGUUUAAUGAAAAUCUACUCAUGAU